AUGAAGGUUACCUCGGAACUACCGGUCCGCGUUUUGACCCAUAACAUUCGCUAUGACACCUCUGCCCCGUUCAAGGGCGAGCGGCCCUGGCCUGAGCGCCAACAGCUCCUGUUUAAUGAGCUUAACUUCCAUACUCGACAUAACGACAACACUUUCAUCUGCCUGCAAGAGGUCCUUGUUAAUCAGCUCGAAGAUAUCAAUAGGGGAUUGUGUGCCGUGUCAUACCCCAAACCUUCUACUCCUAGAUGGAAGUUCAUUGGAGUUGGACGAGACGAUGGCUACUGUAAAGGGGAAUUUUCCCCUAUUUUCUACCAGCCAUCGGUAUGGAAGCUGCUUCACGAGGAUACCGUAUGGCUCUCGAAAACGCCGUCAAAGCCGUCCAAAAGCUGGGACGCUGCUUCCAAUCGCAUUGUCACCAUUGGUGUUUUCAUUCACCGACCCAGUGGCCGCGGCAUUCUGGCCAUGAAUACUCAUCUGGAUGAUCAGGGAUCUCGCUCUCGACUUGAAGCUGCACGGAUUAUUCACAACAAGAUCAAGGAAUAUCGGGAGGUCUCGAAAUGGAAAGACCUAAUCUCAGGGACCUUCCUGGCCGGUGAUCUGAACAGUCAGGAAACUGAGGAGGCAUACAAGGAACUAACCAGCCAUGGCCAUAUGCGUGAUACUUACAUGCUGGUCGAUGCCUCCUAUCGAUAUGGUAAUCAUAAUACUUUUACCGGGUUUGGAUAUGAGGAAGAGCCACCCUCGCGAAUUGACUAUGUGCUUUUACACAUACCAGAAAUUCAGAAACAAACUUGGAAAGUGAAUGGAUAUAGUGUCUUACCAAACCAGUUCGAUGAUGGGGUAUUCAACUCGGAUCAUUGCGCUGUCGUUGCAGACCUCACAUUAGUGGAUUAA